AAACGACAGUAUCGUGUUAUUGUUCAAGCAUAAGUGUUUCGGCUAUCAUACAGUUGAGUAACACGUUGUAAUUCAACAAUAAACUAUGGCACUCGAGCCGCAGUACGUAGACUACUUUAACGACGACGAAGAACUUGUAUCUAAAGUCGGUGUCAGCGACAUUGAGAUCAUCCGAGGAUGGCUGACAAAACAGCCACACUUGCCAAGAAUAUCAGACAAACAGCUGGUGAUAUUUUUAAACUACUGCCAAAACAAUUUGGAAAAGACUAAAAAAAUGAUCGAUUCCUAUUACACGACCAGGACACACUCGGCCGACUUGUUUGCCAACAAAACUAUGAAAGAGCUCGAACAAACCUUCGACACGUAUUACUUCCACAAAUUACCAACGUUGCCCAAUGGAUGUAGAGUGGGUUUUUCGCGACUAAGAGACAUGGAUCCAAGUCACUUUAACACGUUGAACACGAUAAGACUUUUGUUGGGCUUGUACGACAUGUCGGUCAACGAGGACCCGUUGGCCCCGGAAUGGAGGUUCGUCAUUGACAUGACCGGAUUUUCAAUGGGCCAUUUGACCAAGUUGAUGGAUUUAAAACUAAUGAGAAAAUGUAUCGCAUACGUUCAGUUCGUGCAGCCAAUACAACUGAUCGGUAUUCACAUGAUAAACGCCCCGUCGUUAGCUAGUCAGCUGCUGAUAUUCUUGAAACCGCUUAUGCACAAAGACAUGUAUUCAAGGAUAAGUGUAUUUUCGUCGAGCGAAAUGAAAAACUUUUAUAAAAUCGUUCCUCAAGAAAACUUGUCGAGCGACUUGGGUGGAAAAUCGCCAUCUCUAGAACAACUGAAAGAAACAACGUUUGAAACGCUUAAGAAAUACGAAAAAUGGUUCGAGUUUGAUGACAAAUUUGGUCGCGUAGACGAGACCAAGAGAACAGAAAAAUAUCAAUAUAAAUCAGACGAUUACGGAUUAGAAGGAUCUUUCAAAAAACUGGAGUUUGAUUAAAAAAAAAAAAAUCAAACGAAACGCGUUUCGUUAUUAUCAUAAUAUAUUACCUAUUGCAACAUUAGUGUAAUAAUAUUAAUUUAUCAAGUAUUAUAGUUUCAAAACUGAUAACAGAUA